GAGCCGGGUACCGAGCGCUGCCCGCCCCAGAGUACCGAUCGGAGCCGGAUACCGAGCGCUGCCCGCCCCAGAGCACCGUUCGGAGCCUGGCCGCGGGGCGAUGGAGCAGGAGAAGUACCUGCCCGAGCUGCUGGCGGAGAAGGACAGCCUGGACCCCUCCUUUGUUCACGCCAUGCGUCUCCUGGCCGACGAGAUAGAGAAAUUCCAAGGCUCUGAAGGCAAGAAGGAAGACGAAGAGAAGAAAUACCUGGAUGUCAUCAGCAACAAAAACAUCAAGCUGGCAGAAAGAGUCCUGAUCCCUGUCAAACAAUACCCAAAGUUCAAUUUCGUGGGGAAGUUGCUUGGACCAAGAGGAAACUCCUUGAAGAGGUUACAAGAAGAGACAGGUGCCAAAAUGUCCAUCCUGGGGAAAGGAUCCAUGAGGGACAAAGCCAAGGAGGAGGAGCUGCGGCGCAGCGGGGAGGCCAAGUUCGCGCACCUGAGCGACGAGCUCCACGUGCUGAUCGAGGUGUUCGCGCCGCCCGGCGAGGCCUACUCCAGGAUGAGCCACGCCCUGGAGGAGAUCAAGAAGUUCCUCGUGCCUGACUACAACGAUGAGAUCCGGCAGGAGCAGCUGCGGGAACUCUCCUACCUGAACGGAUCGGAGGACGCCGCCCGCGGCCGGGCGCUGCGGGGCCGCGGCCUGCGAGUGCCCCCCGCGGCCCCUGCCAGGGGCCGUGGGGGUGCCAUUCCUCCCCCGCCGCCGGGCCGAGGUGCCCAAGCGCCCAGAGGAGCGCCGGUGAGCCGUGGAGCCCUGCCCGUGCCCCCCGUGGCCAGGGGCGUUCCCACCCCCCGGGCGAGGGGCACCGCGGCUGUCCCGGGCUACCGACCGCCCCUGCCGCCGGCGCAUCAGCCCUACGAGGACUAUGGCUAUGAUGAUGGCUAUGGGGGGGACUAUGAGGACCCCAGCUACGAGGCCUACGACAGCAGCUACGCCACCCCCGCGCAGAGCGUGCCUGACUAUUACGAGUACGGCCCCGGGGCGAGCGAGGAGGCCUACGGCAGCUACGCACCAGAAGAAUGGGCCACAACCCGUUCCAGCCUAAAGGCACCACCUGCAAGGUCAGCCAGAGGGGGUUACAGGGAACACCCCUAUGGUAGAUAUUGAAGGUCCUGCUCACCUGUGACCUCGUCUCAAAGACAAUUAAUAGCCUGUGGUCUCCACAGAAGCAGCACCAAGACAAGUAAUAGUCCAUUUCUUUUCUACCCUAGGGCUUACUGCUCCUUCUUAGCCUCUGUGCUCCUGCCUCUCCUACAGCACUGAGGGGCAGCAGGAGAAUUUUCUAGCACGGACUUACCCCCCUGAGACAAAGCCCCUUGGCAAGCACUGUCUGAGCCCCUGCAGAUGCUGUUCUGUUGCUUGUACCAUUGCUGUCUGUACCCUGCCAAGCAUGACACUGCUCAGAGCUGCAGCCUCUCGGGGCUCAGGCUUUCUCUAGGGCUGCUGAAGGACUAGAUGAAUUUCCCCCCUUUGCUUUUCCCCUUCCC